CGUCGCCGGCCCGGAGCGGAGCGGAGCGGGAGCCGGAGCGGAGCUGGGGCCGGUGCCGGGGCCCGUAGCGGGCGGAAUGGAGCCUCCGCGCGCGCCCGCUAUGCGCCGCCUGCUGCCGCCGCUGCUGCUCCUGCUGCUGCCAUUGCCCCCCCGCGCCCGGGCCAAGUACGUGCGGGGCAACCUCAGUUCCAAGGAGGACUGGCUCUUCCUGACAAGAUUUUGCUUUCUUUCGGAUUACGGCCGACUGGACUUCCGCUUCCGAUACCCUGAGGCCAAGUGCUGUCAGAACAUCCUCCUCUAUUUCGAUGACCCAUCCCAGUGGCCAGCUGUGUACAAGGCAGGGGACAAGGACUGCCUGGCCAAGGAGUCCGUGAUCAGGCCCGAGAACAACCAGGUCAUCAACCUCACCACCCAGUACGCCUGGUCAGGCUGUCAGGUAGUGUCAGAGGAGGGAACCCGUUACCUGAGCUGCUCCAGCGGCCGAAGCUUCCGCUCCGUGCGCGAAAGGUGGUGGUACAUCGCACUCAGCAAGUGUGGGGGAGAUGGGCUGCAGCUGGAGUAUGAGAUGGUCCUCACCAAUGGCAAGUCCUUCUGGACACGGCAUUUCUCGGCCGAUGAGUUUGGGAUCCUGGAGACAGAUGUGACUUUCCUUCUCAUCUUCAUCCUCAUCUUCUUCCUCUCCUGUUACUUUGGAUAUUUGCUGAAGGGUCGUCAGUUGCUCCAUACAACUUAUAAAAUGUUCAUGGCGGCAGCCGGAGUGGAGGUCCUGAGCCUCCUGUUUUUCUGCAUCUACUGGGGCCAGUAUGCCACCGACGGCAUUGGCAAUGAGAGUCUGAAGAUCUUGGCCAAGCUGCUCUUCUCCUCCAGCUUCCUCAUCUUUCUGCUGAUGCUCAUCCUUCUGGGGAAGGGAUUCACGGUGACACGGGGCCGCAUCAGCCACUCGGGUUCCGUGAAGUUGUCUGUCUACAUGACCCUGUACACCCUUACCCACGUGGUGCUGCUCAUCUAUGAGGCUGAGGUUCUUUGCAGUUCCUGUGAUGGCCCUGAUCGCCAACUUUGGGAUCCCCAAGUGGGCCCGGGAGAAGAUUGUCAAUGGAAUCCAGCUGGGGAUCCAUUUGUAUGCCCAUGGCGUGUUCCUGAUCAUGACCCGCCCGUCUGCGGCCAACAAGAACUUCCCGUACCACGUGCGCACGUCACAGAUCGCCUCAGCCGGGGCCCCGGGGCCCGGAGGGAGCCAAUCCACCGACAAGGCCUUCCCGCAGCACGUCUAUGGGAACGUGACGUUCAUCAGCGACUCGGUGCCCAACUUCACGGAGCUCUUCUCCAUCCCCCCGCCCGCCUCCUCCGCCGGGAAGCAGGUGGAGGAGACGGCGGUGGCGGCGGCGGUGGCCCCGAGGGGCCGCGUGGUGACCAUGGCCGAGCCGGGCGCGGCCUCCCCGCCCCUUCCCGCUCGGUUCCCCAAGGCGGCCGACCCGAGCUGGGAUGGCCCGACGCCGCCCUACCAGCCGCUCGUGCCCCAGACGGCGGCGCCGCACACCGGCUUCACCGAAUACUUCAGCAUGCACAGGGCCGGGGGCACCGCACCCCCGGUCUGAGCACCCUUGCCCACCCCCACCCCAUGGUCCGCGUGCCGGGCCCCGGCCGGGCUCCGGAUCCCCGCUCUAUCCCGGCCCCAGGGCUCUGCCAUCCCAGGCCUUCCCGACCCUCCCCACCCCGCGCGCCCAGGUAUGGGUGCGUAUUGUCCCGCUCCUUCCCCCGCCCCUUCCCCCAACUUUUGUGCCAAACGGUCCCGCGGGAGCCGCUCUCCCCGUCCCCUCCCUCAGCCCCUGCCCCGAGCGGCGCCGGAUUCUGGGCUCCCGCUGUUUCGAGACCUACGGCCCCUUGGCCCCCUCCGAGACCUCUGAUCCCGCCGGACCCCGGAACACCAGUGACGAUCGCCGGGACCCUGCCCGUGACUCUCCAGGACUCCGCGACCCCCAGCCAUUGCUCCUGGGACGGAUAUUGUGAAUCUGGUCUCGACUCUGAAACCUUCCCUUGGAUCUCUGUGACCUCGGCCCACCCCUGUCUCCAUCCGGGGGCCCUCCCUUAGGUCCCCGGCAAAAAGACUUUUUCCCUUCUUGCCAAAAUAAAGCGGAUUCGUUGAGUUUUUAUCUAUAA